AUGUAUUUAGAGUGUUAAAGCUAUGAAAUAUAAAGAUGUUUAAGCUGUUGUUUAAAAAUUGGAAUUCAUUAUGGCAGAGUUAUUGCUGAUGUGAUUGGUGUAAAUAAACCAAAGUCUUUACUUCUAGUAGAUGAAGUAAAUAUUAUUAUUAAUAAUAACUCUUGGUUAACGAACUUAUUAAAAAGUAAAUAAUUAGAAAAAUCAGUUCAAAUUGAAAGAAGUUAAAGCAAAGAGUAGAGGUACUAUUAAAAUCUAAUAGCUUGUUAAGAUUAGUAAAAAAAAUAAUAAACAAUUUUUGUUUUAGUUUCUAUUGAUUGA